CCCCCUUCCGCCGGCCUCCGCGUCCCAGAAUCCAAGAUGGCGGGAUCCAGACAAGGGGGUCCCCAGGCCGGAGUGCGGCCACUUCUCUGCGCCCUCCUGCUGUCGCUCGGCCGAUUCGUCGGGGGCGAUGGCAUGGAGGGUAACCCCGCAGCUGCCGGCGCCCCGACCACCCUGGCCGUUCAGCCUCAUCGCCGGUUCGAGUACAAAUACAGUUUCAAGGGACCGCACCUGGUGCAGAGCGACGGGACCGUGCCCUUCUGGGCCCACGCGGGGAAUGCUAUUCCAAGUUCAGAUCAAAUUCGAAUAGCACCGUCUUUAAAAAGCCAAAGAGGAUCAGUGUGGACAAAGACAAAGGCAGCCUUUGAGAACUGGGAAAUAGAGGUGACAUUUCGAGUGACUGGAAGAGGGCGAAUUGGAGCUGAUGGCCUGGCAAUUUGGUAUACAGAAAACCAAGGCCUAGAGGGUCCUGUGUUUGGAUCAGCUGAUAUGUGGAAUGGUGUUGGAAUCUUUUUUGACUCUUUUGACAAUGAUGGAAAGAAAAAUAAUCCUGCUGUAGUAAUUGUAGGCAACAAUGGACAAAUCCAAUAUGAUCAUCAAAAUGAUGGUGCUAGUCAAGCUUUAGCAAGCUGCCAGAGGGACUUUCGAAAUAAGCCCUACCCCGUCCGGGCAAAGGUUGUAUAUUACCAGAAAACGCUGACAAUAAUGAUCAACAAUGGCUUCACCCCAGAUAAAAAUGAUUAUGAAUUUUGUGCCAAAGUGGAAAACAUGGUCAUCCCAGCACAAGGGCAUUUUGGAAUAUCUGCCGCAACUGGAGGUCUUGCAGAUGACCAUGAUGUCCUUUCUUUCCUGACUUUCCAACUGACUGAGCCUGGAAGGGAGCUGCCUACACCAGAUAAAGAAAUUUCAGAACAAGAAAAAGAAAAAUAUCAAGAGGAAUUUGAGCACUUUCAGCAAGAAUUGGAUAAGAAAAAAGAGGAGUUCCAGAAGGGCCACCCUGACCUGCAAGGGCAUCCCGCAGAGGAAAUGUUUGAAACAGUAGGAGAUCGUGAACUGAGACAAGUCUUUGAAGGCCAGAACCGCAUUCAUCUGGAAAUCAAGCAGCUGAACCGGCAGUUAGACAUGAUACUUGAUGAGCAGAGAAGAUACGUCUCUUCCUUGACAGAGGAGAUCUCCAGGCGAGGGCCAGGAGCUAUGGGACAUGGACAGAUCACUCAGCAAGAACUAAAUACUAUUGUGAACACUCAAAAUGAGAUUCUGAGACAAGUAAACGAAAUGAAGAACUCCAUGAGUGAGACCGUGCGGCUAGUGAGCGGCAUACAGCAUCCUGGGCCCGCGGGCAGCGUCUAUGAGGCCACACAGCACUUCAAUGACAUCAAAGAGCACCUGCACGUUGUGAAGCGGGACAUUGACCACUUAGUGCAGCGAAAUCCAUCAAAUGACCGGCCGAAAUGCCCUGAGCUCCCGCCCUUCCCAUCAUGUCUGUCUACGAUGCACUUUGUGAUAUUUGUAGUGGCACAAACAGUGUUGUUCAUCGGAUACAUCAUGUAUAGGACUCAACAAGAAGCAGCUGCCAAAAAAUUCUUUUGACCACCACGUUGAUAUGUGUGUACUUAACAUAGUGCUGUCUUUUUGAGGGAAUUUAAGUAUUUAAAUUACUUCAGAGGCUAAAUUAUUAAAUUUUUUAAAUAAAAUAACUGUUUAAACAUUGAUUUACAGUAAGAAUAAACCAUAAAGACAACCACACAUAAAGUUGUGCAUAGUACAUAGAUCCAUUUAAAUUUCAGUGAGUUUCUGGCCAGUAGAAUAUAGCCACUGAAUAGCAUAUGGAUAAACAAGAGCCUAAGUGAGAGAAAAAAAAAUGGGGAAAACUCCUGGAUUUGAAAGUUACGCCCAAGUUCCAAAUGUUGGAAGUUUCUUUCUUUAACAUAAACACAUUGGCCUUCUCCUCCUCCUGGGUGAGGUCUAGCUAAGAACUAACUCCCCAUCAUGUUUUUAUCGUAACCAAAGUCUCUUUCUUCAAAGGCCAUAAUUUUUUCUACUUCAAGACCCAGUCUUACAAUCCUGUAAUCCAACACAACUCCCACUGGAAUCAAAGAACAUUUUGUCUGAGAUUACUUAUCCGUAGGAUUUACAUAAUAAGCUUCAGAAUAUUUGUUGAAAAGGAAAAAAGUUCCCCCGUUUGCUUAUCGGUGUAGUCAAAUUCUAAGGGAAAUUUCAAGAGGAACUUUCUGCUUUUGCCUGAAAAGCCAUUCAAGUGAGACCAUUCCUCUGACAAUGUUCUUGAUGGAUGUCUUCCCUGUUAAUGUAUGUUUCCUGAUUGCUCAGAUCAUCCGAAUGUCCUCCUAACUGUGAAGUCAGCUACACAUUGUGAAAAUCAUUUUUGCAUUUAUAUUUUGUAAUUUAAGAAAUCUAUUUCUCCCCCCCCCCCAAAGUGUGUGUUUCGACAAUAUUUUAAAUAAGUAAAACCUACCACCACUCCCUUUUCGUUUCCAUUGCUUCCCACCACCCGGUACUUGUGACCCUUUUCACACCUGUGCAAACCCAGGAGGCUAGUAGCAAUUUUAAGCACAUUUGAAAAAUAGAGACAAUACUUCUGAUUUCUUUCUUUUGAUGCUGGAAUUGAGGAUGCUAUAAUGCACUUGAUAAUAAUCUGGAUCUUGAAAUGUCAGGCAGGAGGGGCUGUUCGAGUCCUUAGAUAGACGUUGUUCUAGUUGUUUUACAAAGUCUGUAAGUCACAUUCUGAAACACAGCUUUAACUCUGUUCUCACAGCUGAUGUCAGCUUUGGUCGACAUCAAAAUACUGUUACCUCCUUUAGUUGUAAUGGUUCCCUUACGUUUACCGUAGAACCUAAAAUGAUGCUGCUUUAUAAAAAUAGCACUACUUAAUUUCCCCCAAGCCUUGUAGAUUGCUCUCAGCUGUCAUUUAUGAAUUGUACUGACUACCUAGCAUCAGUGCAAAGACUCCGAAGAUCUCUGCUCUAGAGCAACACCUAGCUGGCACCUUAUAUGCAAACAAGUUCAGCCUUGCUCCUGCUGCUUUGCAGUUCCAGGGACUGAACCCAGGGCCUCAUGCAUGCAAGGCAUGCCCUCCACUGCUGAGCCACCUCCCUGGCCUGUGACAUUGCUCGUAUUUUCUUUUUUUCUUUUCUUUUUCUAAGCAGAGUACUGCUAGGCUCUGGUUUAUGGUGGUGUGGGGGAUUGAACCUGAGACUUUGGAGCCUCAGGCAUGAAAGUCUCUUUGCAUAACCAUUAUGCUAUCUCCGCCCCCCACCCCCUGGCAUUGCUUUUUAAAUGAGCUCUUGUCCUAGAUCACUAUUCUGAUUACACACUCAACUUCAGUGGCAUCAACAUUGGAAAUAACUUCUUUAGUAUCUUAUUCCUUCACAGUAUUAACAUUGGAAAAUUGAUCUUUACAGAGUUUACUCUUAGCUCAUGGGGGACAGAAAUAAGUAGCUUGAGAAGAAUAUUAAGUUGUAGAUAUGGAACCUGGAGACAGCCUUGAUUAGAGAGUGUAAGCAUGCAUCUCCUUCCUCUCUCACUCAGUGCUACUUGCCUGAAAAUCACUCAGUAAGGCAAUUCACACAGGCUGUUUGUUAGAUUUUUUUUUUUCUCCUCAAAAUCACUGACUUCAGAUAGUUCAUUUCUGAAGAAAAUGGUCAUUCUGUGGAAAAAUUAACCACUGCCAGGAAGGAUUUCCUCGUGUCUGAACUGUUUUGUAUGAUUGAAUGUUACCUUCUCUCACACCAGCAAGUACUUUACAGGUGCCUUGACUCCACAAAACUGAACUUAACCCUUCAGUGCAAGUCACUGUGCAUAUGAUGCCACUUUAAAAAAGAUAAUAAUGCAAUUGUGUCACGGCUCAGGCCCCUACGUAACAUGCCUAUUUGUGUUCUGAUUGUUUCAGUGUUCUAUUCAGCUUGAAACUUCACUAUGAACCCACAGACGGUAACUGGGGUCUGUAUUAAAGGGAUAUCAGUGUUUUAUCAGUGUGGUCUGGGGACCAUCUGUGUCAUGCAUAGAGUACUUGUUAAGUAUACAGAUUCCAGGGCUUCAUUCCAACCCACCUGAGUCAGCGCUCAAGGGUGGGGCUCCAGGGUAUCCCUUCUCCACAGCCCCCUCAGGUGAUUUCUGAGCAUGUGAAUGUCAGAGAACCCUGAAGAUGGGAAGUGAACAAAAAGUGCUGUUUGCAGCUGAGCUGAGAGCCUAGAAUAGCAUUUUCAUUGUCAGUGACAUUAGCAAGUGUGCACUGAUGCUUUUCUGCUCACACAUAGUGUUCUUUUUACUAAACCUAGAUUACUAGAAACUACAAGCUAAAUCCAGAUUGUUGCCUGUCGCUUUUGGCACUCUGGUUGAUGAUUUUUUUUUUUUUUCUAACUUCGUCUGCCUGCUAAAUCGUGUUUUGCUUUUGAGACAUUUUAUCUCAGACACUUAACUUUUUGAUAACUUUGGGAAAACAAAGUACUUGAACAAGGGAUCACUGACCCUUCAUGUUGCCGCGAUAGGGGUUGUGAAUAACAGAAUGUGAUUAUCUUCCCUUCCGUGUGCUUAUCCUAGGAGAGAGUGAACAAAUGAUUAUCCUGGGCAGUUUUGUAUUUAUACAAGUCUGUUGUAAAAUCACUACUUGCAGCUUUUUAGACCUCUGUGCUGCCUGUUUGAUACAUUUCAAGGUCUGAAAGGGAUUUCUAUCCACUGUUACUUUCAAUUGGAUAACAUUUUGUCAAGUGUUUUUGUUUUUGUUUUUUUUCUGAUUGUUAUUUGAUGCUAGCUGGAAUUAAAAAGAAAUAACAUUGACCUUAUUCAAAUAAAGAAAUAUUUUAGUACA